GUGAGCUCGAAUCCUCCUUUCCACAAUUUCCAUUUUCUGGUACUCUAAGAUCCUUCAAAACAUUUCAAUGGUGAGUCGAUUUGUAUGAACCGUCUUCCUACUAAACCUCAAUGGUCGCUCCCAGUUUAACCGCGACCGUGACGAUGGACGACACGAGGGGCGUGGAGAACGUCUGCAUGAUCGCCGCGAACAAUUCGAGGAGCGUCUACAUGACCGCCGUGAAGCGCUCGAGGAGCGUCGAUCUGGACAUGGACAUCACAGAGAACAUUCAGGAGAGCGUCGACAUGAACGAUACGAUGACCAUCGCCGCGACCUAGAUCAGCCCCAGUAUUUGCCCCCAUCUGGAGGGUUCAACAGGGAGGAUUUCGUCUCUGAUGAACAAUUCAAUAAGAUGAUGCAUGGCGGCGGAGGGUUCGGGGAACCGCGCACAGGAGGUGAUCAUAUCGGCCCUGAGGACUUUGGAGAAUGGGAUCGACAGAGACCACCUCAGAACGCUGGUUACCAACCAUCAUACAUGCAGCAGUCCGCACCGUCGGGCCUGCCACCCAUCCCCCACGAACAGCGCACAUCUGGUUAUGGGAGCAGCGCAUAUGCUCAACCUUCUCACAACCAGUAUUCUGGAUCAGAAUCGCUGGAACCACGUCAUGGAAGCAACGUGUACGCAGCCCCUCCUGGUGCUCCUGGGGCACCAUCUAGUCAUGCACCAGCGGGAGGUUAUGCUCCGCCUCCUGGGCCGCCAUCCAGUCAUGCACCAGCGGGAGGUUAUGCUCCGCCCCACGGGCCGCCUCCUCCAGAUAAAUCUUCAUAUGGAUAUGAUGCUUCUCCUCAAAGGGGAUCGGGCCGAGGUGCUGCGAGUGAUUAUUACAAUGGACCUUCGCCAGGUCAAUCAGCACAGUCAUAUUCGCACACCCCAGAUAACGCAGCCGCUUAUGGCGAUUCCUCCAACCCACCUCGCUACCAGUCAAACCCCUCGGGCGGGUUCGACGAAGAGAAUUACAAGUCUCAUUUCUCUGCUCAUGCUCAGGCGUAUGGUUCUGGCUAUGAUGACAAGCCGAUGGCGAAUGAUGCUAUAGGCGCAGCUGCCGCUAUUGAGGCGCUGAAGAUCACGGCUGCAAAUAACCAGUCAGGUGACAGGCCGCAGCAGGGAGGUAAACCACAGGGUGGAUUCCAUCCCGAUGCGGACGCUCCACAUGCGAGACCAUCUGCCGGCCUUUCUUCUGGUGCGCAACAUUCAUCAGAUAUGGGUGGGAGACCGAGUGGUGGGGGGCCUCAGGGACGGCCGCAGAAUGCAGAGUCUGAGUCUGACGACGACGAACCGGCUGCUAAACCACAGGCUCCUAAAGGAGGUGGUGGCAUGCAGGACAAGAUCAUCGCCCUGGCGAUGGCACAGGCAGGCAAGCUUUUCGACAAGAAGGGCGGGGGGGAUAGCCAAGGAAAGUCGCAAGCUAUGCAAUCAGCUGCGGCAACUGCAAUGCGCUUAAUGGGAGAGUACAAGUCGACAGGUAAAGUAAAUAUGGAGCCAGGGGAGAUGCAGAAGCUUAUGGGGGUUGCGAUGUCGCUAUUCUGAAGUGAAAAGGUAACAUUGAUGCAGCACAGAAUUUGUAAUUGAUCUUGUAGUCAUAUAUUCACAAAUCGAAGACAUUUGGUAUGCUAAGCGGCUUUUACUGUAAGCAUCUGAUUAUACACGACGAGCUUCCUAUUUUCACGUAGUCCUUGGUCUCUUGCUUGUCGUUGCAAAAGCACAAUUUUGUUGUUCUGGAGCGUAUGUCCUGAGGACCAAUGAGCCUGAAUGACUGGUCAGCCUUGAAGUCUUCCGAGUCUUACUAAAUGAUAUUGUCAUCACUUAUUCCUUUGUCUUCACUGUUCCCUUUCGUCCUUUCACACAUGCAUACUUUAUCUUUUGAGCCACUUGUAAAUGUAAACAG